UUGCUCCAGCAUGUCUUCCCAGUGCACUUCUAUUGUUAACCUGCGGUACCCCCCUGGAAGUGUGGGGAGUGCGUCUAACCCAGAGAAGUUCAAUAGAAACCAGGACUAUGAAUCCCUCAAAAACUUCUAUGUGAAACAGAAGAAGAUGUUUGUUGACAAAACCUUUCCACCCAACAACAUCUCACUGGGGAACCUUGAGGAUUUUACAUCUUCACAAGAAGCACAAGUCAGAUGGUGCAGACCAAAAGAAAUUAUGGAGUUGCUCAGAAUAAGUGGUGAUCCAGUCUUCAGCAGCAAUGGGAAAUCUAGGUUUGACUUUGGCCAGGGCGUUGUGGGUAAUUGUUGGUUUUUGGCUGCUAUUUCUUCCCUUACUCUGAAUAAAAAAUUGAUGGUGCAAGUUGUACCAAAGCAGUCCUUUGAUGACUACGCUGGGAUCUUUCACUUCAGGUUCUGGAGGUUCGGUAAAUGGGUUGAUGUUGUCAUUGAUGAUUAUUUGCCCACCUAUCAAAACCAAUUCCUCUCUGUGCACUCAAAAUCAACAAAUGAGUUCUGGGUCCCUCUGAUGGAGAAAGCCUACGCCAAAGUGUGUGGGUCGUAUGCAGACAUGACUGCUGGAUAUACCAGUGAGGCCUGUAAGGACAUGACAGGGGGCUUAAGUCUGGACUUCCCACUUCAACAAGUGCAUGAUAAUGACCACGAUGCUCAGCUGUGGACCUCCCUGUUCCAUGGCUCUGGGUGCAAAUCCAUGAUGUGCUGCGGGACGCCCUCAGUAAACAAUGGAAAUAUUGUCAACAGCAUAAGGGCCAAUGGUUUGGUCAACGCACAUGCCUAUUCUGUCACUAAAGUCACUGAGGUUUAUCACAGGGGCUCCAAAGUUAAGCUGGUUCGUGUAUUGAACCCUUGGGGCCAACAGGAGUGGAACGGAGACUGGAGUGACAAUUCUCCUCUGUGGAACCAAGUGAGUCGUGAGGAUCGGGCCAAAUGUGAAAAGGAUGACAAUGGAGAGUUCUGGAUUGAACUGGAGCAAUUCUGCCAUAACUUCAAUGUUCUGACAAUCUGUUGUGAGAACCCAAACUUCAUGGACGGGGACCUGAGCUGUCAGUGGCAGCUGAUGAUACACGAGGGGGUCUGGGAUACAGCUGGAGGCAACAAGGAUUAUACUACCUUCUACACAAACCCUCAGUUUCGUAUCCAGGUGGACAUAAGGAAUGAGGAAGAACAGUUUGACAUGAACUGUUUUAUUACUCUGAUGCAAAAACCAGAGGAGAGAAACCGCAAUAAGGCUCGGUACUUCCCAAUCGGAGUAGACACAUUCAAGAUACCACCUGGGACCAGACCAGGACGCCUUGAUAAGACUUUCUUCAGGCGAAACAGACCAAUAGGACAGAUACAAUACAAUACUCGAAGGGAGAUCACCAACUGGUACAGCCUGAGUCCUGGAGAAUAUGUCCUCGUCCCGUCCACACUGAACCAGUACAUGAAGACUGAGUUUGUCCUCUCCAUCUUUACCAAGACCAACAUGGAAAUACACCCAUUUGAAGGUGAGGAUGAAGAUGAGCAUGACCAUGACCAUAACCAUAAUGGUGAGACAGAGGAGGAUCACCAAAUAGAGGAGGAGGGCGACGAGGAAGAGGAAGAAAUAAAUGAAGAGGAUAAUCUAAUUCUUCCAGAGAUUCCCACUGUGGAUGAAAUCAGUGGAAGUGACAUAUUUUUCACAUAUGCUGACUGGAGAGGAGAGCUCAAUGCCCGGAAGCUCCAGAAACUCCUGAAUGACCACUUUUCCCAUGGAAUACGGGAAAGGUUCAGCCGUGACACCUGCAUGAACUUCAUUGUACUUAUGAAUACUGACCAUCGAAUGAGGAUGAUGAACUUUGAAGAAUUCUCAGCACUAUGGGAAAAGUUAACAAAAUACAAGCAAAUCUUUUUGGAUGCUGACGCUAAUCACAAUGGAGUCCUGAGUCAGGCUGAAGUCAACAAGGCGGCUCAAGCUGCAGGUGUGCACUUCAGUGAUGGAUGGGGAGAUAAGGCAAUGUUUCGUUUCAGCUUUGGCAGCUCCUCGAUAGAUCUGCAGAGUUUUUUAACUCUAAUGAUACGCAUGGAGCAUAUGACAAGUUUCUUCAACAGCCAUGCCUCAGAGGACUCUCUUGUUAUGACCAUGGACGAUUGGUUCGAGAGUGCUAUAUUUUUUUGAACCUGAUCAAUCAUCAGGGGACCAGGAAGAGUUCAAAUGUAUUGUCUUAAAUAAACAGCCCAGACUUGCUUUUGAUUCUUCUUGGAUUCUUGUGAGAUGAAUUAUUGUACAUCAAUAGAACAUUUCCUGAACCACCAUUUGACUUUAAAUCAUAGCUAA